UUACCAUUUGAGUUCCUAGCACAGCUGUAGAAAUGCAUGCAAAACAGAGGACACUAUUCUUCAUAAUAGUCUUGCUUUUCUCCUUCUCUGUAUUCGUUUCUGCUGUCAACCAUCAAGGCAAAGCUCUCCUGUCAUGGAAACAAUCUCUGAACUUCUCGGCCCAAGAGUUAAACAACUGGGAUUCCAAUGAUGAAACUCCCUGUGAGUGGUUUGGAAUCAUCUGCAACUUUAAACAGGAAGUUGUGGAAAUAGAAUUCAGGUACGUGAAAUUGUGGGGUAACAUCCCCACCAAUUUUAGCUCAUUGGUGACCCUGAAAAAGCUCAUCUUCGUGGGAACUAACAUCACUGGUACAAUUCCUAAAGAGAUUGGCGAUUUAAGGGAAUUAAAUACAUUGGACCUGAGUGACAAUGGCUUGACAGGAGAAAUCCCAAUUGAGAUAUGUGGUUUGCUCAAGCUUGAAAACGUCGACCUCAGCUCAAAUAGACUCGUGGGCCUGAUUCCAGCUGGAAUUGGAAAUCUCACGAUCCUUAAAGAGCUUGGUCUACAUGAUAAUCAACUUACCGGUCAAAUUCCCAGAAGCAUAGGUAACUUGAAGCAGCUUAAGAAUAUUAGAGCUGGUGGAAACAAAAACAUCGAAGGCAAUAUACCUCCAGAAAUUGGCAACUGUACCAAUUUGGUGUAUGCAGGCUUUGCUGAAACCAGAAUUUCAGGCUCUCUGCCACCAAGUUUAGGCCUACUCAAGAAGCUCGAAACACUCGCAUUGUACACAACCUUUCUCUCUGGCCAAAUUCCUCCUGAAAUUGGAAACUGCAGUGGGCUCCAAUACAUGUAUCUCUAUGAAACGUUGCUCACAGGUUCUAUUCCGACCAGUUUUGGGAAUCUCCAGAACCUGCUAAAUCUGUUUCUAUAUAGAAAUAGAUUAACAGGCACGUUGCCAAAGGAGCUUGGAAACUGUUAUCAAUUAUUCGACAUCGACAUUUCAAUGAAUUCUUUGACGGGAAAUAUUCCAACCACAUUUAGUAACUUGACUUUGCUACAAGAAUUGAAUUUGGGAAUGAAUAAUAUUUCAGGCCAGAUACCAGCCGAGAUUCAAAAUUGGCGGGAACUUACUCAUUUGAUGCUUGACAACAAUCAAAUCACGGGUUUGAUACCUUCAGAACUAGGGACUUUGAAAAAUCUCAGAAUGUUGUUCUUGUGGCAUAACAAGCUUGAAGGAAAUAUUCCAUCUUCAAUUUCCAACUGUGAGAUGCUUGAAGAGAUGGAUUUAUCGAUAAAUGGCUUGACAGGUCACAUUCCUGGACAAAUUUUCCACCUCAAGAAGCUAAAUAGCCUCAUGCUCCUCUCCAACAAUCUAUCAGGCGUUAUACCUACAGAGAUCGGAAAUUGCUUGUCGCUAAAUCGUUUCAGAGUUAGCAAAAACUUGCUCUUCGGCGCUCUCCCACCACAGUUUGGGAAUUUGAAGAAUCUGAGUUUCUUGGACCUCGGAGAUAACCAGUUCUCUGGAGUAAUACCUGAUGAGAUUUCCGGCUGCAGGAAUCUAACAUUCAUUGAUAUACACUCCAACACCAUUAGUGGAGCUUUACCCUCAGGUCUCCACCAACUUAUUUCCCUUCAAAUCAUUGACUUCUCAAAUAAUGUAAUUGAAGGGAACAUAGAUCCUGGUCUCGGACUGUUAAGCUCAUUGACAAAACUCAUUCUGUUCAACAAUCGAUUCUCCGGACCAAUCCCUAGCGAGCUGGGCGCUUGCUUGAGGUUACAGUUAUUGGACCUCAGUGUUAAUCAACUUUCCGGUUAUCUUCCGGCAAAGCUAGGGGAAAUUCCAGCGCUAGAAAUCGCUCUAAACCUGAGUUGGAACCAACUUAACGGUGAGAUACCGAAGGAGUUCGCCUAUUUAGACAGACUCGGAAUCUUAGACCUCUCACACAAUCACCUUAGCGGCGACCUCCAAACCAUCGCCGUAAUGCAGAAUCUGGUGGUACUCAACAUCUCCGACAACAAUUUCUCUGGCCGAGUGCCGGUGACUCCCUUCUUCGAGAAACUCCCGCCCAGUGUCCUAUCCGGCAAUCCAGACCUCUGGUUCGGCACCCAAUGCACCGACGAAAAGGGAAGCAGAAAUUCAGCACAUGAAUCAGCGUCUCGUGUAGCGGUGGUAUUGCUGCUAUGCAUAGCUUGGACUCUUCUCAUGGCGGCGCUUUACGUGACCUUUGGAUCGAAAAGAAUAGCACGAAGACGCUACUACGGUGGCCACGAUGGCGACGGCGUCGAUAGCGACAUGGAGAUUGGCAAUGAACUCGAAUGGGAGAUGACGCUCUAUCAGAAGCUCGACCUUUCAAUUUCUGACGUGGCAAAGAAACUGACAGCUUGCAACAUCCUCGGUCGUGGCCGAUCCGGCGUCGUUUACCAGGUCAACAUCGCCCCCGGUUUAACCAUCGCCGUCAAACGGUUCAAAACCUCGGAGAAAUUCGCCGCCGCCGCAUUCUCUUCCGAAAUCUCAACUCUAGCCAGUAUCCGACACCGGAAUAUCAUACGAUUGCUCGGUUGGGCGGUCAAUCGUAAAACGAAAUUGUUAUUCUAUGACUACUGGCCACAAGGAAACCUCGGCGGUUUGUUACACGAGUGCAGCACCGGCGGUUACGUAAUCGGCUGGAAUGCUCGGUUCAAGAUUGCGAUGGGAUUGGCCGACGGAUUGGCUUACUUGCAUCACGACUGUGUGCCGGCGAUUUCGCAUCGGGACGUGAAAGUCCAAAACAUACUAUUGAGCGACGAAUACGACGCCUGCCUUACAGAUUUUGGAUUCGCAAGGUUCACUGAAGACAAUCUAAACGAACCAUCGUCGGCAAAUCCGCUAUUCGUCGGAUCUUACGGCUACAUUGCACCGGAAUAUGGUCAUAUGCUGAAAGUAACAGAGAAGAGCGAUGUGUAUAGCUACGGAAUCGUUCUCUUAGAAAUGAUUACCGGUAAAAAGCCAGCCGAUCCUUCAUUUCCAGAAGGCCAACACAUAAUCCAAUGGGUUCAACAUCAUCUACGCAGCCAGAACAAUCCAAUCGAGCUAUUGGAUCCAAAACUUAAAAUCCAUCCCAACGCCGAAAUUCAUGAAAUGCUUCAUGUCCUCGAAAUCGCUCUUAUAUGCACCAAUCAUCGCGCCGACGAUCGGCCUAUGAUGAAGGACGUCGCUGCAUUAUUGAGAAAAAUUCAAACCGAGUCUACGAUGAUGAGGAUCAAGGGAAUCAAACCUGGUAAUAGAUUGAAGAGAUUCGAAAUUCAAUCGUAUUAAUCCAUCUUUAACCCGAUCUCUCCUCUUUUGGUUACUCAUCUUCUUCCAGAUAAUCUCAUCAUCCGGUCACCUAAUUCCAGAGCUUCGCGCGCUAAAGAUGUUUUUGUUUAAAAUCUUAAUCUAUAAAUCUUAUUUUAGUUUCUUUUUAUAAAGUAUUUUAUAUUUUGUUCUCUAAA